AUGGCGGAUGCGGACUUGGAGCAGAUCAGAAAGGCUCGCCUAGAGCAGCUCAAGACUCAGGGUGGCGGCGGAGGCAGUGCUUCUGGUGGCAGCAGCGGCCAGGAACAGCAGGCACAAAAACAACAACAAGAAGCCGAAGCGCGCAAAUCAGUCCUAAAUCAGAUCCUCGAGCCCGACGCGGCGGACCGGCUGGGGCGGAUUCGGCUGGUCAAGGAGCAGCGGGCGACCGACGUGGAGAACCGGCUGAUCAUGCUGGCGCAGACGGGCCAGCUGCGGCAGAAGGUGACCGAGACGCAGCUCAAGGAUUUGCUCAACGCCAUGGUGGACAACCAGGAGCAGGAGAAGAUUGUGGUGACUCGGCGCAAGGGGUGGGACGAUGAUGAGGAUGAUGAUGAGUUAUUUGGUUUGUAG